AUGUCGUAUACUAACAACAAUAGAAAUAGCUACCGGACUUAUGGCGGUGGAGAUAGAAGUAGGUUUGGCAGAGACGAUCGCAAUGGCAACUAUGGACGCAGAGACGAUUACGAGCUUGGUGCAAAUUUGACCAAGCCUAAUUUCGAUCUGGAAACUUUGCCCAAGUUCGAAAAGAAUUUUUACAAAGAGGCAGAGGCGGUUGCUUCGCGGUCGGAAGAUGAGGUGGCUGCGUUUAGAAAGGAGCACGAUAUGACGGUGUAUGGAAGAGACAUCCCUAGACCUAUCACUUCGUUCGACGAGGCUGGGUUCCCAGACUACGUUUUGAAGGAGGUGAAGGCGCAGGGAUUCCCUAAUCCUACCGCCAUCCAGUGUCAGGGAUGGCCAAUGGCCCUUUCCGGACGCGAUAUGGUGGGAAUUGCUUCGACUGGUUCUGGAAAGACCCUGUCGUACUGUUUGCCGGCUAUCGUGCAUAUCAAUGCCCAGCCCCUUUUGCAACCUGGCGAUGGUCCUAUCUGUUUGGUUUUGGCCCCAACGAGAGAGCUGGCUGUGCAGAUUCAGAAGGAGUGCUCCAAGUUCGGACGCUCCUCCAGAAUCAGAAACACCUGUGUCUACGGUGGAGUGCCGAAGGGCCAGCAGAUCAGAGACCUUGCCAGAGGAGCUGAAAUCUGUAUUGCCACUCCUGGUCGUCUUCUGGACAUGCUGGACUCCGGCCGGACAAACCUCAAGCGUGUGACGUAUUUGGUUCUGGACGAGGCCGACAGAAUGCUGGACAUGGGAUUCGAGCCCCAGAUCCGCAAGAUUGUCGACCAGAUCCGUCCCGAUAGACAGACGCUGAUGUGGUCUGCCACCUGGCCGAAGAGCGUCCAGACCCUGGCCAGAGACUACCUGAACGACUACAUCCAGGUCAACAUUGGGUCUUUGGACCUGGCCGCCUCGCACAACAUCAAGCAGAUCAUCGACGUGUGUUCCGAGUACGAGAAGAGAGACAAGCUUGCCAAGCACCUGGAGACUGCCAUGCAGGACCCACAGGCUAAGGUGAUUGUCUUUGCCUCGACCAAGAGAACGUGCGACGAGAUCACUGCGUACAUGCGGAGCGAGGGCUGGCCAGCGUUGGCUAUUCAUGGCGACAAGGAGCAAAGGGAGAGAGAUUGGGUUCUGAGCGAGUUCAGGUCCGGACGGUCACCUAUUAUGGUGGCCACGGACGUGGCUGCCAGAGGUAUUGACGUCAAGGGAGUCACCACGGUGAUCAACCACGACAUGCCGGGCAACGUCGAGGACUACGUCCACCGUAUUGGAAGAACGGGACGUGCUGGCGAGAAAGGAACGGCCAUCACGAUGUUCACGGACGGCAACUCCGGCCAGGCCCACGACCUCAUCACCAUUUUGAGAGAGGCCAAGCAGGAGAUUCCUCCGCAAUUGCAAGCUUUGGACAAGAAGGGCAACAGAGGCAAUGGAUACGGCUAUGGUAGAGGCCGCGGAGGAUACGGUAGAGGCCGUGGUGGCUAUGGCAGAGGUGGCCGUGGAGGAAGAGGCGGCUCGAGAGGCUUUUCUGGUAGCAACUCUGCGCCAUUGGGAAACAGAAGGUUCUAA